GUGAAUAUUUGAAAAUAAAUUCACUAACUUCAGUCCUUGUUUUCUUCACACUAUUUGCGGGUCUUGGCGUUAAUCCAGCCGCAGUGAGGCAUGGAGGGUCGGGCUGUAACAGAGGUGGUCCUGUUGGCCUGUGGGUCCUUCAACCCCAUCACCAACAUGCACCUGAGGAUGUUUGAACUCGCUCGAGAUCAUCUGGUAGACACAGGUCAGUACAGGGUGGUGAAAGGCAUCAUCUCCCCUGUUGGUGAUGGCUAUAAGAAGAAGGGUUUGAUCGAGGCCAGCCACCGACUGCAGAUGGCUCGCUUGGCCACAAAGGACUCUGACUGGAUCACUGUAGAUGCCUGGGAGUGUUUGCAGCCAGAGUGGGUGGAGACAGCUAAAGUUGUUCGGCAUCACUAUGACGACCUGGUGGCAGCAGAGCAGAACAUCGAUGACGUGGACACAGUCAAAUACACAAAAAAAAGACGUGUGGAAGAGAAUCAUUUUGAGGGUUCAUCUAGUGACAGAGGCAGAGACAGCUCUCAGCUGAUGUUGCUCUGCGGGGCGGAUGUCCUGGAGUCCUUUGGCAUCCCCAAUCUGUGGAAGCAGGAGGACAUCGCUGAGAUUGUUGGCCGUUACGGUUUGGUUUGCAUCACCCGAAACGGUAAUGACCCUCACAAGUUCAUCCACCAAUCAGACACGCUUUGGAAGUAUCGCAAGAACAUCCAUGUGGUCCGAGAGUGGGUGACCAAUGAGAUCUCAGCCACUCACAUUCGUCGGGCAUUGCGGCGAGGUCGAAGUGUCAGGUAUCUGCUUCCAGACAAAGUUGUUCGCUAUGUAGAAGAGAAUGACCUCUACAGUGCUGAAAGCGAGAAGAAAAAUGCAGAUGUGGUCCUAGCACCCUUUCAGAGAUGCACGGGUGCCUUAUCAAGCUGGAAAGAAGAAAUAACAAGUGGAUUACAUUAUAUUACUCUUAGAUCUCUCUUCAAAAAGAAAGCCAUCAAAAUGCCAGCCAGCCUUAGUGGCACAUGGGACAUCAUAAGCAGUGUCAACCUUGAGGGCUAUAUGAAGGCUUUUGGUGUCAGUCCUCACCUGCGAAAGAUUGCUCUAAAGCUAAAGCUGGGGAAGGUGAUCGAGCACCAGGGGGACCAGUUUAUCAUUAAAACUACCAGCAUCUUACGCAACUACACCGUGUCCUUCAGAGUGGGUCAGGAGUUUGAGGAGUUUACCGGGGGGCUUGACAAUAGACAUGUCAAGUCACUGGUGAAAUGGGAGGGGAACAAACUUGUGUGUGAACAGAUUGGAGAGAAAAAGAACCGAGGCUGGGCACACUGGGUAGAAGAGGACAAGCUACAUCUGGAGCUGUAUUGUGAAGGGGAAGUCUGCAAGCAGGUUUUUAAGAAGAACGUGAAUGAGUAAAGGACUACAGAAGUUUGUUUAGAAGUUACUCAUGGGAUAAUUUAACCCAUACCCUGAAUUAGAAAACCACACUACAAGAGAAGUUAGUGGUAUUUUCUCUAUUUUGUCUUCAAAUGUCUGUCCUCUCAGGGUUUGGAUUCACACCACUAGAUGGCAUCAGUGCAUUACUUUUGUCAGACACUGGUCUACACUGGUCUGUAGGUCAGGGGUACUUCGCACCAGACAAUAUAAAAUAGAACAUUAAGCACCUUUCUGCUGGCUGAACGCCUGGUUCCUUCAAAUUUCUGUUUGAUAGGGCUCAUCUGAAAUACUUAAUUUCAUACUGGCUUGGGCUGCCCAUUUGAGAUGUGGCUGAGUUUUUUUGAAAAAAAAGAAAAAAGAAAAAAAAAGCCUAAUAAAUAAUAAUUAAAAUAAAUGUAUAAACAUUGAAGGGUAGGUGAUCAUUUUAAUUUAUAUUUUUGUGUGGAUUUUGUACAAUAAAUUGACUUUUGAAAAUA